AUGCUGAUUCAAAGUUCUGUACUGUUAAUAUGGUUGCAACUGCUAUAUUUAACUACCGAGGUGGUUCAAUCGAGGUCCAAUCAAGUACCAUUCCCUCCCAAAAACUACAAAGAAGAUGACCUUCUACUAAACAUUCCUAACCGACCUAGAAACCCGGAUGGAGAGUGUCCACCUUGUUUCAAUUGUAUGCUACCGAUGUUUGAAUGUAAGCAAUUCUCAGAAUGUAAUUCGUAUACAGGUAGAUGUGAUUGUAUUGAAGGUUUUGCCGGUGACGAUUGUGCCUUACCGUUAUGUGGGUCCCUUGAGAAGGGGAACAAUGAAAGACCCAUCAGGUCUAAUGAUACUAAUACAUGUCAAUGUGACGAUGGGUGGGGCGGUAUCAAUUGUAAUAUUUGUCAGAUGGAUUCCGUGUGUGAUUCAUUCAUGCCGGAUCCAUCAUUGAAGGGUACUUGUUACAAAGGUGGUAUUGUCGUUAAUAAAUUAUUUCAAGGCUGUGAUGUUACUAAUGAAAAAAUAUUACAAGUGUUGAAAGGUAAGAAACCACAAGUCACCUUCUCGUGUGAUGAGACUACGAAGGAAUGUAAUUUCCAAUUCUGGAUUGAUCAAAUUGAAAGUUUCUACUGUGGAUUAGAUACGUGUUCCUUUGAUUACGAUCUUUCUGGCAAUUCAACUCAUUAUGUUUGUCAGGAUGCUAAAUGUAAAUGUAUCCCCGGGACAAUGUUAUGUGGUGCCAAUGGAUCCAUUGAUAUUGGAGAAUUCUUGACAGAGACUAUUAAGGGACCAGGUGAUUUUACUUGUGAUUUGGAAACUAAAAAAUGUAAAUUUAGUGAACCUUCUAUGAACGAAUUAAUUUCAGACGUAUUUGGUGAUCCAUAUAUUAUGUUACAUUGUGAAUCAGGUGAAUGUAUCCAUUAUAGUGAAAUUCCAGGUUACAAAUCUCCAUCAAAUGACAAGGGAAUGUCAUGGGAGGAAAAUUUAAUAUUAGCUUUAACUAGUAUCGGUGUACUAGCAUUGGUUACAUUUGUUAGUUUCUAUAUUGCAAAGUCACCUUUAUUUAGAAAUGGGAAUGAUGGCAAAAUCCAUCUACCAGAUGAUGCCGAUAGUGGAGAUGGUGUUGGUACUGCUGCUGCAGGUGAUAAUUUUUUGAAAUCUGAAACUUCUGCCACAUUAUCGUUUGAAAAUAUAACAUAUGAAGUACCCAGUUUGAAUAAAAAUCACAAAUCUCAGCCAAAUUCGAAUGUAAAAGUGUUGAAGAGUAUAGACGGUAUUGUAAAACCGGGACAGAUAUUUGCCAUUAUGGGUGGAUCCGGUGCCGGUAAAACAACAUUAUUAGAUAUUCUAGCGAUGAAACGUAAGACUGGUCAAGUUGGUGGUGAAAUUAAAGUUAAUGGGAAUAUAAUGUCAAGAAAAUCAUAUUCCAAGUUGAUUGGAUUUGUUGAUCAAAAUGAUUAUUUACACCCAACAUUGACAGUCUAUGAGACUGUUUUGAAUAGUGCAUUAUUAAGAUUGCCCAGAACAAUGUCAUUUGAAUCCAAACAAUCCAGAGUGUUUCAAAUUCUUGAAGAAUUAAGAAUAUUUGACAUUAAGGAUAGAAUAAUCGGUAAUGAUUUUGAAAGAGGUAUUAGUGGUGGUGAAAAACGAAGAGUUUCCAUUGCAUGUGAAUUAGUCACGUCUCCAUUGAUUUUAUUUCUAGAUGAACCCACAUCAGGUUUGGAUGCUAAUAAUGCCAAUAAUGUGAUUACCAGUCUUGUUAGACUUGCCAAGAAUUAUAAUAGAACGUUGAUAUUGACUAUUCAUCAACCAAGAUCGAACAUUUUCAAUCAAUUUAAUAAACUAGUAUUGUUAAGUCAAGGUGAGAUGGUAUUUUCCGGUGAUUCCAUUAAGAUACAUGAGUUCUUGUAUAAUAAUGGAUAUGAAUGUCCAAUCAAUUAUAAUAUUGCUGAUUAUUUGAUUGAUAUCACAUAUGAAUCCAAGAAGAAGGUCAAAAAACCUUCCAAUCUAGAAGAUCUAGAAGUUGGUCCAUUACAAAUUGAAGGUGAAAUAGAUCCUAAUAGUACAGAUAGUGUUGCCAAACAAGGGUUACGUCGUAGUACUACACAGGCGGAAUGGGAGAAUUUUGCCGCUCAUAGAGAAGAAUUACAAACCAUUUUAAGUACCCAUGAUGAGGAUCAAGAAGAAGAGACAGUUGGAUCAUUGAAUACUAUGAUAUUACAUGGUAAAUUCGUGGAAGGUUCGUAUUACGGUGAAUUACUCAAUGAAAUUAAGGAAGUUUCUGCCACUGGAACUACCUCUAAUACAGGACGAGGAUCUGAUGUUACUGGUGAUAUGGAAAUACCAAAGAGUGCCACAUUUAUUCAACAAUUGAGUAUUCUAUGUUCACGAACUUUCAAGAACAUUUAUCGUAAUCCCAAAUUAUUAAUUGGUAAUUUUGCAUUAACGAUCUUAUUGAGUAUAUUCUUAGGAACGUUAUAUUAUCAAUUAAGCAAUGAUAUAAGUGGGUUUCAAAAUCGUAUGGGAUUAUUUUUCUUUAUGUUAACCUAUUUUGGAUUUGUUACUUUCACUGGAUUAAGUUCAUUCUCAUUAGAAAGGUUGAUUUUCAUUAAGGAAAGAUCGAAUAAUUAUUAUUCUCCGCUGGCUUAUUAUACCAGUAAGAUUUUAAGUGAUGUGUUACCCUUAAGAGUGAUUCCUCCUAUUUUAAUGGCUAUAAUAAUAUACCCGAUGGCAGGAUUAAAUAUGAGAAAUGAAGGAUUUUUCAAAUUCAUUGGGAUAUUAAUUCUUUUCAAUUUGAGUAUUUCAUUAGAGAUUUUGACUAUUGGUAUAAUUUUUGAAGAUUUGAAUAAUGGGAUCAUCUUAAGUGUCCUGGUUCUUCUAGGGUCUUUGUUAUUCAGCGGGUUAUUCAUUAAUACGAAAGAUAUUACGAAUGUGGCAUUUAAAUACUUGAAGAAUUUCUCAGUAUUUUAUUACGCGUAUGAAUCGUUACUGAUUAAUGAGGUUAAGACGUUAAUGUUAAAGGAGAAGAAAUAUGGAUUAAAUAUUGAAGUUCCUGGUGCGACAAUCUUGAGUACAUUUGGAUUCAUGGUUCAAAAUUUACAAUUUGAUAUUGAAAUAUUGGGGGUGUUUAAUGUUGUGUUUUUGAUUGUUGGAUAUUUGGCAUUGAAAUGGAUUGUCGUUGAACAAAAGUAG